ACUAGGAAGAGUGCAAAAAGACGGAUGUAACACAAUGAACCGCGUCGCGAACGACACGACGUAGCCUCGCUGUUUUUUUUUUUUUUUUUGGUUUGAGUUGGAAACGUGUUUUCUUUUUCUUAUGCCUCUGCUGAAGGAAUAACUCUUCAAAGGAUCGGUUCUCACGCGUAAAAGAGCGUGAGUUUCUCGGAAAGUUUUAUUAAAGGUUACCAAUGGGGUCUCAAGGGCCAGGACGUAAAAGAACCCCCAGCAAAAAUGGGUUGACUGGAGAGGAAGAUGCCCUCAACGUAAUCGCAAAAGAGGCUGAAGCCCGUUUGGCAGCUAAGAGAGCAGCCCGCGCAGAAGCUCGUGAGAUCAGAAUGAGAGAACUGGAGAGACAACAGAAAGAGAUUUAUCAGGUGCAGAAGAAAUACUAUGGACUGGAUAACCUGGACAACAAAUGGGGGGACAUUGAGCAGUGGAUGGAGGAUAGUGAGCGAUAUACACGUGUCUCACGGAGACAUGCUUCGGUGUCAGAUGAUGAAGAACGGAUGUCAGUGGGGAGCAAGAGCAACAUACGGUUGGAUUUGGAUGCGGCGGGUGCUUAUGUCGGGCUUCCCCAGGCCACCUCCUCUCACUCACAUAAGAAGUCCAAGAAAAAGAAAAAACAUUCUUCUAAAACCAGCAAUGGCUAUGAUGAUGAUCUCAGCACAUUGUCUAGUCGGAGCUCCAAACUCAGUGAUGAGAGCAAAAGGUCUCGCUCCUCUAGACUUGAUCUGCAGUCGAGUGCCUACUCUUCAUCUGAGUUGUACAACAGCAGUAGUAGUUAUUCCUCUAAAGAUCAAGUCCCUUCCUACAGUGGCUACCAGCUCCCUUUGCUGCACAGCAGGAAGCACAGGGGCUCUAUAUAUGAGGACAGUCUCUACAGUGGCUCUCGACGCUCCAGUGCUCGUGCUUCCUCUGGAUACAGUGGUUUCCUGGGCUCCAGCUCUAGGACUUCGUCCAGGGCAAAUUCUGCGUGUGGCAGCCCUGUGGAGGACUGCAGCAGCUCAGUGGCUAGUUUUAUGCGCAGCACAGCUAGUAUCAGUGGCCUCUCUAAAGACCUUGACCACGUUGUCAUUCCUGACCUGUCGAAUGUUAAUGGGAGGCUGCCUAUGGUUGAUGACAGGUCAGAGCGAGACUACUUAGAAAAGGGCUCUUCACGAGCAUCAACUAUAUCUGGCGCCACUCUUACCUCUCUGGGUGGGACAUCCUCACGGAGAGGAAGUGGAGAUACAUCCAUCUCUGCUGACACAGAAGCAUCUAUACGGGAAAUCAAGGAGAUCCAUGAGCUUAAGGAUCAGAUUCAAGAUGUGGAGGCAAAGCACAUGCAGAACCUCAAAGAGCUCAAGGAUUCCCUUUUGGAAGUGGAAGAGAAGUACCGUAAGGCCAUGGUGUCCAAUGCACAGCUGGACAACGAGAAGACCAAUAUGAUGUAUGAAGUGGACACUUUAAAAGACUCUUUAAUGGAACUGGAGGAGAUGCUGUUUGAAACGCGCCGUGAGCUUGAGGAAAAGACUAAGGACCUUGAACGAGAGAAGCAUGCUCAUAGUAUACUGCAGUUCCAGUUCAGUGAAAUAAAGGAAACAUUGAAACAGAGUGAAGAACUGCUCACUGAGAUCCGUCAAUUACGGCUCAAGCAAGACGGCUUUGUUAGGGAGAUUUCUGACCUCCAGGAAACUAUUGAGUGGAAGAAUAAAAAAAUUGGGGCAUUAGAGAGGCAGAAGGAAUUUUCUGAUGCCAUUCGAAAUGAGCGGGAUGAGCUCAGAGAUGAGGUUGUUCAGCUCAAAGAUAUUUUAAAGAAACAUGGCAUUGUCCUUGGACCCGACUUGGCCACCAAUGGAGAAACAGGGGAAGAAGCUGAACAGAAUUUUCAAACCGCAUCAACUGAAAUCCGAGAGGGGAGUAGCGUACUAGGCACUCAUCAGUUGAAGCCAUGUAAAGACCAGCAACAAAAAGAUUUGGAUGACAGAAUGCAAGGGAAUCAACAGUCUUCACAUGCCCAUUUCAGUUCUACAAAGACAGCUUUAGAAGCAAAUGAGAAUGGAGACCUUGGGGACCAAAUUAAUCAGGGUGUAGGGCAGCUUAAAAAUAGACCUGAAGAACCUCCGAUUCCGGUUGGUGAUGAUGAACUCACUGCAACAAGACCCAAGGAGAAGAUCAAAUCUGAAGCACAUAUUCCGAAAGAUUCAAGAUAUACUGAAGAAUUAGAGUGCAAAGUUCACAAGGAUGGACUUAUGGAAACAGAUCAACAAGAGAGCGAAUUUGUCAAACCUAGUAAGGAAAUCAAAGAGGAAACCCAUUUAGAGCCUGUCUCUGGUUCAAUCCAUGAUGAAACUGAUAAAUCUGGUGAGGCAGUGAUUGAUGAUCAACUCAAAGAGGAGUCUGUGGAAUCAUCUCAAGUGGAGAAACUUCCCAAAACACAGGGUGCCAGUGCUUCCAAUAAAAAGAAGAAAAAGAAGAAGAAAAACAAACAGAAGCAGAAACAAAGUGACAAGCAAGAGAGUGACACAAAGAUGGAUGACAAGAAUGAAAUGGUUUUGAGUGAAGACAAUCCAAACCAAGAAGUGGAAGGUGAUCUAGAAGAAAAGCAUGAGAAGCCCUUAGGGAAUGACAUAUGCGAAACAACCAUGAAUACUGAUGUCCCACAUGGUGAUAAAGGAACCAAUGAAUUGGACUGUAUCAAAAUAACACACACAAAUAUUAAUGCUGAUGAUGCUCAAGACAGAAUUCAGUUAGUUACAGAUGAAGCUGAUUCUGCAGAAAUUUCUAAAACCAUCACAAAUUUUGAUUGCCCUGAAUCUAGCAAUGGUGUCCUUUCAGAUGAUCUGUCCAACAAUAUUAUAUCUAACCCUGCCACCAUUAUUGAUGACCACACUGAGGAUUUGACAAAUCCUGACACAGAACCUGUAAUCUUCAGCAGUGAGCGUAUGCCUUCAGAAACAGAGACUUUACUGCCUCAUGAACCUUCUGCUCAGCCCAUGUAUACUGUUGGAGUGUGCAUUGAGUCCAUCAGCAGCUCUGAGAACAUUGAGAAUUCUUCAUUGGUAGGUGUCAAAGAAGAGAAGAGUCAGCUGGACGGUGAAGUAGAAGAACAGAAGGAAAGGCUCCAAAAUAUCACUCUAGAUUGUGACACUAACUCUAAAGAUCAAGAUAAUUCUGCUCAUUCCUCUUCCCCUGUGAUGAUGGAGAAGUUGGAAAACGAAGCUGAAAAGGUAAUCCAGGAACAACCUAUUGAUCAGCCAAUGGAAAGUCAACUUCAAGACAGUAUUGUAGCAGACGUGGACCAGGAAGAGGUUGAGACACAAGAUGAACCAGAUGAAGAAAACCUUAAUUUGCCUAGUGAAAAAGUGUUUGAUGGAUGCCAAGUUGACGACACUCCUUUAAUUGAAUCACAGAUUCAGGUUAUACAUGAGGAUCACCUGUCUGCCAGUGAAGCAAAUCAGGAAUCAAUUGUAGAGUCAGAAGCUUCUGACCAAGAACCCAAGGUAGAACAUGUCCAGGAGGAAAGAUCAAACCAAGAUCAGGUUACACUUAAUGUGGAACUGCCUGAAGAUGAGGUUGACCCUCAGGUAAAGUCAGAUGUGGUUCUUCAAGAGCUCAAGGAAAAAGAUGAUGGUGAGGAAGACGAAGGAGAAUCAUUUGAUUUUGAUGAAAUGGAUCUUGAAGCAUCAUCAGGUGCCCCUUUAAAAAACCUUCUAGAUCAUUCAAAUGAGGACUCAUUGUUAAAAGAGAUUGCACAAGAAGCAAGCCAUGAAUACCAAAGGAAUGUCAAGGAUGAGGGCCAGAUUCAAGAAGAUGAACAUCUGGAACAUGCAGAUAAGGAAUCAACGCCAACGGAGCAUAAAGAUGAUGGUCAUGCCACAGAAAACCCACAAACAGCAACAGAUGUAGAAAGAUGUUUAACAGAAGAAAACCGUCAAACCAACAGUGAAGUCAGACCUAAUGAUCAGCAGCAUGACAGACCUGAUGCAUUUGAGGAGCAUCACCAGGCAUCAGGAGAUGUGACACUCAGUAAAGGGGUUAAUGAAAGUUCAGAGAUGGAGACAAGAGAUGUAGGCCAAGAGAUCAAUAGCUCCAUUCACCAUGAAAACAAGGCAUCAAAUAUUUCUGAAGAGCUGGAAGCCACAGGGAUCAAUAAGGAAAAUGAUAGAAAAGAAUCUAAAAAAAGUGGAAAAGGGAAAGGAAAGGGCAAGGGGAAAGAAGAAUGUAAAAUGUCUUAAUACAAGGACGUUGCUGAGUGAAUUCAAAAGUUAACAUUGCGCUUGUUGGUCCUAAUGAAAUUAUUUUGGGACCAUUACUUCGGAGAACCCUAGAAAACCAAAGUUAUCACACAGUCAAGCCAGAUUAUCAGUCAUCACAGCUGUUUCAGCAAGCACAUUUUAUACAUGAAUAUUUCACAUCUGAAUAACAAUACUGAAUGAAAUCUGGAAAUUGUCAAAUAAUGUCAAAUCUAAAGAAAAAAACAUUAAAUGCUAGCAGUAAUGGGGGUAAUGUGUCAUAUUUAUUUAGAAAUUUUACAUAAUCAUGAAAAAAAUGUUUUUUUUAUAAGAA